UUACAUGUUCCUGUAAUGGCGGACCAGACAGAGAGCGAGAGCAUCGGGUUCAGCGACAACAGAAUGGCGCAGCAGGCAGUGCGCUUUCGCGGCCCUACCCCUGCGCCCGCGCCUGCCCCGGCUCCAGUGUUACGAGGCCCGCCGCCACUCCUCAGGCCUCCGCCUCCUCCAUUCGGGAUGAUGAGAGGUCCUCCGCCAAGACCUCCGUUUGCACGCCCGCCCUUUGACCCCAAUAUGCCGCCCAUCCCACCACCGGGAGGCAUGCCACCACCCAUCGGACCUCCACACUUACAGAGACCUCCAUUUCUUCCCCCUCCUAUUGGGAACCUGCCGCCUCCUCCCGGGAUGCUGUUUCCUCCCGGGAUGCCUCCCGUUCCUUCAUCUGGAAAUCCAGCACUCAAUCCUACAGAGGAGAUCUGGGUGGAGAACAAGACGCCAGAGGGAAAGGCGUAUUACUACAACGCCAGGACCAGAGAGUCAUCGUGGAGUAAACCAGACGGCGUGAAGGUCAUCCAGCAGUCCGAGCUCAACCCUCUUCUCGUAGCAGGGGCCGGGGGUGGAGGACCAGGUGCAAGUGUCGGGGGGACUGCAGCUGUCAGCUCAAACAGCGUCAACACCACAGCCAGCACAGCGGCGGCCUCCCCGACUCAGGCUCCCUCCACGACCCCGUCUCGCACGCUCACCUCCAGUCCUGACUCCAUCACCACCCCUUCGCCCUCUGUGACCAUCGCAGCCACUGUUGUAGCAGACCUCGCCCCCGUCGCCACAGUCACCUCGACCGUCGCUGUGUCUCCAGUCACUGUGGUGACUGUGUCCACGGUGCCGUCGCCUGUGACCGCAGUGCAGACCGUGUCGCUGCUGCCGGCAGCCCUGCCUCACAGCGUGGCCCAACCCACCGCAGCCAUCCCCGCCUUCCCUCCUGUCAUGGUGCCACCGUUUAGGGUGCCUUUGCCGGGCAUGCACAUCCCUCUGCCAGGUGUAGCAAUGAUGCAGAUAGUAGGUGCACCCUGUGUAAAGGCAGGCCCCAGCGCCAACGGCAUGCUCCCUGGUAUGGGCCCUCCUUUAGUUUCCAUGAUGCACCCCCAGCUGGCGCUCUCGGCAGCUCCUGCCUCCAUGGCCGGAUCGUUGCAGCUCCCUGAGUGGUCGGAGUACAAAACCGCUGAUGGGAAAACGUACUACUACAACAACCGGACACUGGAGUCGACCUGGGAAAAGCCGCAGGCCGUUUUGGAUAAAGAAAAAGAAGCAGAGAAGGCCAAAGAGCGUCUGGCCCAGGAGGAGGCAGAGGCGAUGGAGAUGGAGGACGAGGACAACAAGGUAGACAACACUAAUAAUAUGAAGGAGGAACCAAAAGAAGAAGAGAUGACAGAGGAGGAAAAAGCUGCACAGAAAGCCAGACCGAUAGCCACCAACCCCAUACCUGGCACGCCAUGGUGUGUGGUGUGGACAGGAGACGACCGCGUUUUCUUCUACAACCCAACAACACGACUGUCGAUGUGGGACCGGCCCGAGGAGCUCGUGGGUCGAGCUGACGUCGACAAGCACAUCCAAGAGCCGCCGCACAAGAGAGGCCUGGAGGACAGCAAGAAGCCAGGAGGCGUCCCGAAAGAGGAGCCAGAAUUAUCGAUCACUACUGAGGAGAGUCCGGACGAGGAGCCGACCAAAGCCAAAAAGAGGAAGAAGGAGGACAUAAAGGAGCCAGAUUCUGAGAAGGAGGCAGCAAUGGAGGCAGAGCUCAGAGCUGCCAGAGAAAGAGCGAUAGUGCCUCUAGAGUCCCGGAUGACCCAGUUCAAAGAAAUGCUGCUGGAGAGAGGGGUGUCUGCCUUCUCAACCUGGGACAAGGAGCUCCAUAAGAUUGUGUUUGAUCCACGUUACCUUCUGCUUAAUCCAAAGGAGAGGAAACAGGUGUUUGAUCAGUAUGUGAAGACGAGAGCGGAAGAGGAGAGGAAAGAGAAGAAGAACAAGCUGAUGCAGGCCAAAGAUGAGUUCAGGAGGAUGAUGGAGGAAGCGAAGCUCACGGCCAGAACAACAUUUAGUGAAUUUGCAGUGAAGCACGGCAGAGACCCUCGAUUUAAGACCAUCGAGAAGAUGAAGGACAGGGAGGCUAUCUUUAUAGAGUUCAUCACAGCAAUGAGGAAGAGAGAAAAAGAAGACUCCAAAUCCAGAGGAGAGAAGGUGAAGCAGGACUUUUUUGAUCUCAUAAGCGAGCAGCACAUAGAGGGCAGCCAUCGAUGGAGUAAAGUGAAGGAGAGGCUGGAGACAGACCCACGGUACAAAGCUGUGGAGAGCUCUGCACUCAGAGAAGAACUUUACAAGCAGUUCAUGGAGAAACAAGCCAAGAACGUGGACAUCGAGAAGGAGCGCGAGUUGGAGCGGCAGGCUCGUAUCGAGGCCAGUCUGAGAGAGCGGGAGCGGGAGGUGCAGAAGGCCCGAUCAGAACAGACCAAAGAAAUCGACAGAGAACGGGAGCAGCACAAGAGGGAGGAGGCCAUCCAGCAUUUCAAAGCUCUCAUGUCUGAUAUGGUGCGUUCUUCGGAUGCGACAUGGUCAGACACGCGUCGGAACUUACGGAAAGACCACCGCUGGGAGUCGGCGUCACUGCUGGAGCGGGAGGAAAAGGAGAAGCUGUUUAAUGAACACGUUGAAGCCUUGGCGAAGAAGAAGAAGGAACACUUCCGACAGCUGCUGGACGAGACCAGCAUGAUCACUCUGACAACAACAUGGAAGGAGGUUAAAAAGGUUAUUAAGGAAGAUCCUCGCUGUAUCAAAUUCUCCUCCAGUGACAGAAAGAGACAACGCGAGUUUGAAGACUACAUUAAAGACAAGUACAUCACAGCCAAGGCCGACUUCAGAACCCUGCUGAAGGAGACGAAAUUCAUCACGUACAGAUCGAGAAAGUUGAUCCAGGAGUCGGAGCAGCAUCUGAAGGAUGUGGAGAAGAUCCUUCAGAACGACAAGCGGUACCUGGUCCUGGAGUGCGUCCCCGAGGAGCGCAGGAAGCUCAUCAUGUUCUACAUCGAAGACCUCGACCGCCGCGGGCCGCCACCUCCUCCCACAGCCUCCGAGCCCACCCGACGCUCCACCAAGUGACCAAUCAUUCAAAGUCUCCUCGCCCUCCCUUUGGCCAGAGCAUGCCACCCCCUCAGCUCCUCUGCUCCCCCGAACCCCGCCCUUCAGGCCCGCAGCCGGCCUCGCAGUGUUAUUGCUGGGGGUUACAAUGCUUAGAGAUGUACCAUAGAGACGAACGGUUAAGGUCUCUGUGUUAUGUCGCCUCUCAGCCCUGAAAAUGCCCCGUAUUCGAGGCAACAGCAGGGAGCCGAGGUCAUCUGAUCUCAAGGUGACCCUUGACCCCUCGCCUCUGGUCGACCACAUCAGAGGGAGAGGGGAAGUGAUGAGGCUGCUGUUCAAGCAGCCGCAAAUGUAAGAUAGUUGUUGUAAAUGAAGACAACUGAGUGUGACCGUGCGCGCGUGUAUGUGUGAGUAUGUGUGUAUCUGCGUGUAUAUGUGUGUGUGCGUGCGUGCGUGUGUGCGCAUGUGUCUGAGGCGUCCUUAAGCCUUACAGCUCCACUGUGCCAGUCAUUGUCUCAGCGGCUCAGUGUGAAUGUUAGUUUCUGCUCAGUGGUUUACUCUGUUGCAACAGUUUCUCUGUUGAAUGAAUUAAAGGCAACUUCCACUGUUUUUCAA